CUAUGGUGAAGUCUAUGCGGCCAUCUUUACUGUGGUCAUCUCGUACCAAGCGUGUCGUAGUGGGGCUGUUGGGGCUCCACAGAAGGUCAGCGGAACGUGAAAUGGAAAGGAAUCAUGCGACUCUGUAAUAAGAAGCUGACAGAACCACAAAGGAUCAGGGACGGAAAGCAUUAGAUAAGUUGUUAGUGGGAUGCAGGUUCCACAGGCAAGCGGAACGAUUCAAGCGAAUUAGUAAGGUUUCUGCCCGGAUCUUGAGAGCCGCUUCCGUUGCUCAGCGGAAGUGUCGGUCGCAAGAGGACAGACGCCUCGAAGAAUCCGCUAUCGGCUGUCUGCACAACCGGAAUCAUGUCGAGUUUGGCGGUGAGAGACCCGGCAAUGGAUAGAUCACUGCGUUCCGUGUUCGUGGGGAACAUUCCGUAUGAGGCAACUGAGGAGCAGUUAAAGGACAUUUUCUCGGAGGUUGGUUCUGUUGUCAGUUUCCGGCUGGUAUACGAUAGAGAGACGGGAAAACCCAAGGGCUAUGGCUUCUGCGAAUACCAAGACCAAGAGACCGCGCUUAGUGCCAUGCGGAACCUCAAUGGGCGGGAGUUCAGUGGGAGAGCGCUUCGGGUGGACAAUGCUGCCAGCGAAAAGAAUAAGGAGGAGUUAAAGAGCCUCGGGCCUGCAGCGCCCAUUAUUGACUCACCCUAUGGGGAUCCCAUCGAUCCAGAAGAUGCCCCUGAAUCGAUUACCAGAGCAGUAGCCAGUCUCCCCCCGGAGCAGAUGUUUGAGCUGAUGAAGCAGAUGAAGCUCUGUGUCCAAAACAGCCACCAGGAAGCUCGAAACAUGUUACUUCAAAAUCCACAAUUGGCUUAUGCGCUGUUGCAGGCACAAGUAGUGAUGAGAAUCAUGGAUCCAGAGAUUGCUCUGAAAAUUCUGCAUCGGAAGAUACAUGUCACACCACUGAUCCCAGGCAAAUCUCAAUCUGUGUCUGUCUCUGGCCCUGGCCCUGGCCCUGGCCCUGGUCCUGGCCCUGGCCCUGGCCCUGGGCUCUGCCCAGGACCUAAUGUUCUGCUGAACCAGCAGAAUCCUCCAGCCCCUCAGCCUCAGCAUUUGGCUAGAAGACCUGUGAAGGACAUUCCUCCUCUGAUGCAGACUCCUAUCCAGGGUGGAAUUCCAGCUCCAGGGCCAAUACCAGCUGCAGUUCCCGGACCUGGUCCUGGUUCCUUAACUCCUGGAGGAGCAAUGCAGCCCCAACUUGGAAUGCCAGGGGUUGGCCCAGUGCCUUUAGAGCGGGGACAAGUGCAGAUGUCAGAUCCUAGAGCUCCUAUACCUCGUGGACCCAUGACUCCUGGUGGUCUGCCUCCUCGAGGACUGUUAGGAGAUGCUCCAAAUGACCCACGUGGAGGGACUUUGCUUUCAGUCACUGGAGAAGUGGAGCCCAGAGGUUAUCUGGGUCCACCCCAUCAGGGUCCUCCCAUGCAUCAUGCCUCUGGUCAUGACACUCGUGGCCCUUCCUCACAUGAGAUGAGGGGAGGGCCAUUAGGAGAUCCCAGACUGCUCAUUGGAGAGCCCAGAGGCCCCAUGAUAGAUCAAAGGGGUCUACCUAUGGAUGGUAGAGGUAGUAGAGAUGCUCGAGCGAUGGAGACUCGCGCCAUGGAAACUGAGGUCUUAGAGACACGUGUAAUGGAGAGGAGGGGAAUGGAGACCUGUGCGAUGGAAACCAGAGGGAUGGAAGCAAGAGGCAUGGAUGCAAGAGGAUUGGAGAUGAGGGGCCCUGUCCCCAGUUCAAGAGGCCCUAUGACUGGUGGAAUUCAGGGUCCUGGUCCCAUUAAUAUAGGGGCAGGUGGCCCUCCUCAGGGACCCAGACAGGUCCCAGGCAUUUCAGGGGUGGGGAAUCCUGGAGCUGGUAUGCAGGGUACAGGCAUACAAGGAGCAGGCAUGCAGGGAGCAGGCAUACAAGGAGGAGGGAUGCAGGGAUCAGGCAUACAAGGAGUCAGUAUACAAGGAGGAGGUAUACAGGGGGCAAGCAAGCAAGGUGGAAGCCAGCCUAGCAGUUUUAGUCCUGGGCAGAGCCAGGUAACUCCACAGGAUCAGGAAAAGGCAGCUUUGAUCAUGCAGGUUCUUCAACUGACUGCAGAUCAGAUUGCCAUGCUGCCCCCUGAGCAAAGGCAGAGUAUCCUGAUUUUAAAGGAACAAAUCCAGAAAUCCACUGGAGCUUCUUGAAAGGUUUUAGAAAAUAUUUGGCUGUAGUCUCAAAGUUUAUCCUGUAGCACAGAGAAUGGGUGCAAAAAGCUGACUUCUGCAUCCCCACACUUGGAUUAGGGUUUCCCUCCUCCUAGAACCUAAUCUUAUUUUUUGAUUUUUUCUUUCUUUCUGUUUUCCUUUUUAUUUUUAAUUGAGGGUGGGGGGAGGAGGGAGUGUGUCUGUUCACUUUAAGUUACUUUAAAAUAACUCUGAACAUGAUUAUAUUAUGCCAAAUAAGAUUACAAAGAAUAAGCAGCAAUAUUGAAGUGUCUACAGUAUGUUAACUACAUUUUUUAAAUGUUGAGUAAAACUUUGUGAAAACUGCUCAUAAAGACUAAAAGUUGACCUGUUAAAACGUUAAUGUACUAAGAUGGUUUUAAGAUUUUUGGUUGUAUAACAAAAUAAAAGUUUACCCAAAAA